AUGCCUGUCGUUAACGUAGAUGAUCUAGUCCGUCUCCAGCAGAGACCUGAGGACAUACGGAAUAUCUGUAUUCUUGCCCACGUUGAUCAUGGGAAAACUUCCUUAACAGAUGGUCUCAUCGCCACAAAUGGCAUUAUUUCACCAAAGUUGGCGGGCAAAAUCCGCUAUCUGGACUCGCGUCCAGAUGAGCAGCGUCGAGGAAUUACUAUGGAGUCAUCUGCUAUCUCCCUGUACUUCUCCAUGAUGCGUCGCUCGUCCCCUGAUGCUACUCCUCAGCCCAAAGAGUACCUGAUCAACCUGAUCGACUCCCCUGGGCAUAUCGACUUCAGCAGCGAAGUAUCGACAGCUUCAAGGCUCUGUGACGGUGCUCUAGUUCUUGUUGACGCUGUUGAGGGCGUCUGCAGUCAAACUGUCACAGUGCUACGUCAGACCUGGGUUGAGCAGCUCAAACCGAUUUUGGUCAUUAACAAGAUCGACAGACUAGUGGGAGAGUUAAAAAUGAGCCCCAUUGAAGCUUACUCUCAUUUAAGCAGACUCUUAGAGCAAGUCAACGCUGUCAUCGGAAGUUUCUAUCAGGGCGAACGGAUGGAGGAAGAUCUUCAGUGGCGAGAGCGUAUGGAAGACCGUAUCAAUGCCUCCGCCGCUCGAACCUCUCAGAAGCAGGAACAAGGCGAUGAGUCAAACAUGAGCAGCAUCGAUGAUGCUGAAUUUGAGGAAAGGGAUGAUGAGGAUCUCUAUUUCGCUCCGGAGAAAAACAAUGUCAUUUUCUGUAGUGCCGUCGAUGGCUGGGCAUUCACCGUUCGACAAUUUGCCGCUCUCUACGAGAGGAAGCUAGGAAUCAAGCGGGCGAUCCUUGAGAAAGUGCUAUGGGGAGACUUCUAUCUUGACCCUAAGACGAAACGUGUCUUGGGGCCGAAACAUCUGAAAGGACGUGCCCUCAAGCCAAUGUUUGUUCAGUUGGUGUUAGACAGUAUCUGGGCUGCAUACGAAGCUACAACUGGUGGAGGGAAAGGCAAAGGCGACCCAGCUUUGUUGGAAAAGAUCACCAAGUCCUUGAACAUCACGAUUCCGCCUUAUAUUCUUCGCUCGCGUGAUCCCAGAAACAUCAUGAUGACUUUGUUCUCUAUGUGGCUUCCUUUAUCAACUGCUGUUUUGGUGUCUGUCAUUGAAUAUCUUCCCAGCCCACCAGCUGCCCAAGCCACUCGACUACCAGGACUAAUUGAAGGCUCUCCUGGCGCUGAUUUUGUCGACAAGAAGGUCAAGGACGCAAUGGUAGCGUUCAAGACAGGCAGAGACGCGCCUGUGGUAGCCUAUGUCAGUAAGAUGGUUGCGAUCCCUGAAAGUGAGCUCCUGUCUAGCAAAAAGCGUUCAGGUGCGACCUUGUCGGCAGACGAAGCCCGCGAAAUCGCACGCAAGAAGCGAGAGGAGAUUGCGAAGAUGCAGGCGGAGGCUGGCGGAAAUGAGACGGACGACUAUGCGCGGAUCACAUCAGCGCUCGAAGUGACCACGCUAGAUGACAGCGAGGAACAAGGCGAACCGGAGGAGAAGGAAGAUCCUGAGCACCUGAUUGGUUUUGCACGACUGUACUCAGGCACCCUUUCGGUUGGUGAUGAGGUCUAUGUGCUUGCACCCAAAUUCUCUCCGGCGCACCCUCAUGCAAGCCCUGAGCCACAGAAGGUGAAAGUCACAGAUCUAUAUCUCCUUAUGGGCAGGAGCUUGGAGCCACUCAAGACCGUUCCCGCGGGAGUGAUUUUCGGUAUCGCUGGCCUUGCAGGUCAUGUUCUCAAGAACGGAACUCUUUGCUCGCAACUUGAAGGAAGUAUCAACUUGGCUGGCGUCUCGCUGAACGCCCCACCAAUUGUAAGAGUUGCCCUUGAGCCGGCGAACCCUGCAGACCUGAACAAGAUGGUCACCGGUCUGCGCCUCCUCGAACAAAGCGAUCCGUGUGCACAAUAUGAGGUCCUCCCUAGUGGUGAGCAUGUGAUUCUGACUGCCGGUGAAUUGCAUCUUGAGCGGUGCAUAAAAGAUCUCCGCGAGCGCUUUGCCAAAUGCGAGAUUCAGACCGGUCAGACAAUCGUACCCUAUCGCGAAACAAUUAUCAGCGCACCGGAAAUGGCACCUCCAAAGAUACCAGAACUUGGCCGAGGAUGUGUGCUGGCCGUUUCUCCUUCGAAACAGCUGACUGUCAAGUUGCGCGUUGUGCCCUUACCUGAAGCUGUAACGGACUUCGUCUCCAAGAACGUUGGAACAAUCAAGCGCCUCCAGUCCGAGAAACAUUCAGCAGGUGACGCCAAAUCCGACGCGGAAGUAAGCAAUGGGUCGUUGGAGACAACCCAACAGGUUGAGUCCGGUGAUGCUUCUGGAGAAGCCCUUGAGGGCAAUCAGCUUUCUCUGAAGGACUUCAAACAGGAACUCGUCAGGAUUUUCAACGAGGAAGUCAAGGAGGACCGAGAGUUAUGGGCAAAUGUUGUCGACCGAAUCACUGCUUUCGGUCCUCGACGAGUUGGACCGAACAUCUUGGUAGACGCCACUGCCGUGAACACCUGCGAGAAAUUCCUGCUCGACGACCCCAAACAGCAACCCAACGCUACAGCCGAGGAAAGCACCCGCGACUCCUUGACGGUCCGCGACUUCAAUGACAAGAUCGCGCACGCCUUCCAGCUCGCAACAGGUCAAGGCCCCCUCUGUCAGGAACCCAUCCAAGGCAUCGCCGUAUUCCUGGAAGAACUAUCCGUCAACGCCAGCGAAGGAGAACUAGACCUCGGUCGCCUGACAGGCGAAGUCAUCCGACUAGUCCGCGAGAGCAUUGCCCAAGGUUUCCUCGACUGGAGUCCCCGCAUCAUGCUGGCAAUGUACAGCUGCGAGAUCCAAGCUUCAACUGAGGUCCUCGGCCGAGUCUACGGCGUCAUCACCCGCCGCCGCGGCCGCAUCCUCUCCGAAACAAUGAAAGAAGGAACCCCCUUCUUCACCAUCCUGGCCCUCCUCCCCGUCGCCGAAUCGUUCGGCUUCGCUGAGGAAAUCCGCAAACGGACAUCGGGCGCUGCACAGCCGCAGCUCAUUUUCGCGGGCUUCGAGGCCCUAGACGAGGAUCCGUUCUGGGUCCCGGCUACGGAGGAGGAACUGGAGGAUCUGGGAGAGUUGGCUGACCGGGAGAAUGUAGCGAAACGGUAUAUGGAUGCUGUACGGAGGAGGAAGGGGUUGGUUGUUCAGGGAAGGAAGUUGAUUGAUGCCGAGAAGCAGAAGACGUUGAAGAAGUAG